UGAGCAUCACCAGCAGCAGCCACUGGGUUUGUUGAGCACAGGGAGAGCUCCCGUGGGUAGAGUGUGAUAUAGCCUGCUGGAUUGCAGGAGUUUCACACUAAUUCCUCUGCAGCUCGUACCAGCUCCGUUCAGCCUGCUUCCACCUGAGGCCUUGAUCCAUCCCAGCCGCAUCCAUGAGCAUCAUCUCCUCCCUCACCUCCCCUUCCUCCUGCCUCCACCUGUACCGCUCGCCCAGUCACCUCUCCAACGCCACCAUGUCAGACACCAGUGGCCUCAACGACGUGAUCCUGCUGCAUUACAACCACACCGGCCGCCUGCAGAACAGAACCAUCUCAAACAGCCCGAGCCACAUCAGUGUCUCCAAAGCCUUCUUCUUCUUCUUCAGCAUUUUCAUCAUCCUGGAGAACCUCCUUGUGCUGGUGGCUGUCAUCUCCCGCAUCCGCCGCAGCCGGCGUUGGGUUUACGUCUGCAUCGCCAACAUCACACUCAGUGAUCUCCUCACAGGCGCGGCCUACCUGGUCAACAUCUGCCUGUCUGGCAGCCAGACCUUCCGCCUCAGCCCUGCUCUGUGGCUCUUCAGGGAAGGGCUGCUGUUCGUUGCCCUGGCAGCAUCCAUAUUCAGUUUGCUGCUGAUUGCUGUGGAGCGUUACACCGCCAUGAUGAAGCCGCUGCCCCAGAAGUCAGCCAGGAAGGCCUACUAUAGGAUCUACGGCUUGGUGGUACUCUGUUGGGUUUUGGCGUCUGUGGUUGGCUUCCUCCCCUUGCUCGGCUGGAACUGUGUGUGCAGCCUGGACGAAUGCUCCACGCUCCUCCCUCUAUACUCCAAGAGCUACAUUCUUUUCUCUCUCCUCAUCUUCUUCAUCAUCCUCUUGGCUAUUGGUGUUCUCUAUGGUGCCAUCUACUGUCACGUGCACAGGAGUUCACAGGUGGGCCCCCAACGCAGUCGCAAGCGCUCCUUAGCCCUACUUAAAACAGUGAUCACUAUCGUUGGGGUCUUUAUGCUUUGCUGGGGGCCACUCUUCCUGCUGUUACUGGUGGAUUUCUUCUGCGCCUCCCGCAAAUGUGCUCUGCUGCUCAGCGCUGAUUAUUUCAUCUCCCUGGCUGUCCUGAACUCUGGCCUGAACCCCAUCAUCUACGCCCUGGGCAGCAGUGACAUGAGAAAGGCUAUCGCCGAGUUGCUGUGCUGCUGCUGCCUGAGGUGCGGCCUCUGUCACCCAGACAAGUUCAUAUCCAAGGAGUCGAGCAGCACCUCAGGAAGCAGGCGGGACAGUCUGAGAAACAGCUUCAACAAGGUCAGAAAUCUGAGCGUGGCCUCUCCACCGCCAACGCCAACCAAGCCUCGCAGGGCGCACAAAAAAAAAUACAGGUUGAGCUCCACCACCAGCUGCCUGUCAGUUUCAAGUGGUUAAACCACAAAGUGUUCCCCUCCCAAGCAACACAACCUGUGUGCACUGACACAGAUCGAACCGUUUCCUCUGAGUUUUGGUUUGAAUCUUCACUGCUGGGCCAAAACGUAGUUGCAGCAAUGUUUUACGCACUGAUAGAAAACCCAGUAAAAAUAUGAAUUUCUCCUCAGGUUUGCAAUGGUUUCAUAGGUAGCAUUAUUUUUUGCAUUUUUCUAUGUAUUUGCCAAAUGUCCUGGAUUGAUCUGAUAUUGCACUGUACUUACUUUUACAAGAAGACAUAUAUAUUUUUAAAUGUAUUUUAAGGCAGAUUAUUUACAAGAAAAGUUAUCUGUAUAACAGUUAACAUGGGAAUGUUUGGGAAAAUAGGCACAUAUGUUAUUGCAUUGUAUUUUAACUUUUUGUACCGAGC